UACGCAACCACAGAUUGAACGAAGAGUUUUGAUGUGGCAGUGUGACCCCCAUAGUUGCGCAGGUGGAGUCGUUGGUUUGUUCUAUUGCUGUGUUUCAUUCCUUUCUGAAGGAGAGUGAGACUGAAUGAGCAGCAGUGGAUGUCAGUUUGGGUGCAGUGAAUGCCGGAAGAUCAAAGAAUAGUGGGCAAGAUUCUGAAGUGGGUGUCAUUGAACAGCCAGUCAAGAACCAAACCCUGACGUGAUCUCUCAGGCUAGAACACUGUAUUGAAAAAUAUAGCCAGGUGCAUUCUGCUCCCAAGCAGUGUGCAGUUAGAUGCAUUUCAACCUCAGUGUUUGCAAAUGGCUUGCUGUUUGAAGGACGAGCUUUUGUGUUCAAUUUGCCUGAGUAUCUACCAGGACCCUGUUAGUUUUGGCUGUGAGCACUAUUUCUGCCGAAAGUGUAUAACUGAGCACUGGAGCAGGCAGGAGCCCCACGGUGCCCGAGACUGUCCUGAGUGUAGGAGGACCUUCGCAGACCCUCUUCUCUCCCCAAGCCUCAAGCUGUCCAACAUCGUGGAGCGCUAUUCAGCCUUCCCGCUGGACGCCAUCCUCAACGCACAGAGGAGCUCCUAUCCCUGCAAGGACCAUGAGAAGGUCAAGCUCUUCUGCCUGAGCGACAAGAGCCUGGUAUGCUUCUUCUGUGACGAGCCAGCCUUACACGAGCAACACCAGGUCACCACUAUUGACGAGGCCUACGAGGAGAUACAGAGGGAGAUGAAGGAGCAGCUGGCCACUCUGCAGGACAGUGAGAAGGGACACACAGAGGCCCUGCAGCUACUGCAGAGACAACUCACUGAGACCAAGUCGUCGGCCAAAGGCCUGCGUGCGACCAUCGGCGAGGUGUUUGAGCGUCUGCAGCGGUUUCUGCGCGAGCGCCAGAAGUCCAUGCUGGAGGAGCUGGAGACGGAUACGGCGCGCACGCUCUCCGACAUCGAGCACAAGAUCCAGCGCUUCAGCCAGCAGCUGCGCGACGUCAAGGAGGGCAUCGGCAUCCUGCAGGAGCGCCUCAAUGAGACGGGACGCCACGACUUCCUGGAGGGCGUGGCCCUCACCUCCGAGAGGUGCUCUGCUUACUGUCUGACUGACCAUGGAUCAGCUGUACUUCCAAACAGCCACAGUCCUAAACCUUUGAUAAAAGGAAAGAUACAUGAGACCAAUUUAACAUAUGAAGAUUUCCCGACCUCCAAGUACAUGGGGCCCCUGCAGUACACAAUAUGGAAGUCUCUAUUUCAGGAUAUUUCACCAGUGCCAGCAGCUUUGACCUUAGACCCCAUCACAGCCCACCAGAGACUCAUCCUAUCAGAUGACUGCACCAUCGUAGCCUAUGGUAACCUGCACCCCCAGCCGCUGCAGGACUCCCCGCGGCGCUUCGACGUCGAGGUGUCUGUGCUGGGGGCGGAGGGCUUCGGCUCGGGGGUGCAUUACUGGGAGGUGAUGGUGUCAGAGAAGACCCAGUGGAUGAUCGGUGUGGCCAAUGAGACGGUCAGCCGCAAGGGCAGCAUCCAGAUCCAACCCAGCCGCGGCUUCUACUGCAUCGUCAUGCACGACGGCAACCAGUACAGCGCCUGCACCGAGCCCUGGACCCGCCUCAACGUCAAGAGCAAGCUGGAGAAGGUGGGCGUGUACCUGGACUACCCCAAGGGCCUGCUGGUGUUCUACAAUGCUGACGACAUGUCCUGGCUGUACACCUACAGGGAGAAGACGUUCCCGGCCAAGCUCUGCCCCUACUUCAGCCCCGGACAGAGCCACGCCAACGGCAAGAAUGUCCAGCCGCUGAGAAUCAACACUGUGCGUCUAUAAGAGCUACACACAGGGUCAUUAGACAGAUCAGAUCACUCACCUCAACCCUCCCUGACAAUAGGACAACGAUGAUGAUGAUGAUGAUAUAACUAAGAUCCUAAAGACAACUAGUUUUAAAAUUGUAAGAAAUAUGAGGAGAAAAACUGGGUGUAAGACUAUGGAAUGUUAAUUUCUUUGUCUGGUUUGUGGGUCCUGCUCUUUUUGCCUGUCGGUGUGGCUCCAACUGGAGCCCUGGUUAGCUUCUUCAGUGGUGUAAGGAGAGGCUCUGUCUGCAUAGAUGAUGUCAUCCCACCAUGGUUUAGUAGGAGGAUCUCUGUGUGCUGUUACUGUCUGAGGCCCACCUUGCACAGGCCCAAUGGCUCUGCUCUCCUUACAAGUCCCCAGACUGACUGACAGAUGACUGCUCUGUCUGUCUCUCUCAGCAGCCAGACAUUUGACACUGGUCACCGUUCUUUCUCUGUGCAGUUGGCUUAGCUGUGUUUGUGGAAUGUGUCUGACACCCCUAUGGUCCUUUUUCUUUGGCACAGUUAGCAGUUGUGAGCUGGUGAGUGAACGCCCGUCGGGGUGGCAGUGAGUGCUGUUCCAUGUCCCUCCAUGCACCUGUACCCUUUACUGAUGAAAAUGAUGUCGCAGCUCUUGAUUCUUUUCCCUCAGGUCACACGUCCACUUUUCCAUCGGUGACAAUGUCAGUCAGUCCAAAACGUGCUGGACAUGUCUGAUAGUCAUUUGUAACGGCAGUAUCAUGGUCCGUGUGGUCUAGUGAUGGUCCAACUGGUCACUGUAGUGGUGUUUGCUGUCCUCACCCCUCCCUCCUUUCCCCACCGUGUCAUGCUUUGUUGGUUUCUUCACCUCCAGCACGCUAGCGCUCUACUCAACCUGUCCUGUACCUGUGGUUAUGUAUUCACUUAGUGUUAGCACUCGUACAUUCCUGAUUCCAUAUCCCUGCCUCCUCCCUCCCAUGACGUCUCGUCAUCGCAUUGUAGGUGUCAGAGGUCAAUCUGAAUAAAUGAAUCUUGACAUUUGCUGAUUUACACUUGGCCAAUGGGGCAGAAACCACUUACGACUCGAGCAGCAUGACGCUGCAAUUAAUGAGCUCUGGAAUGUUUUUAAUCAGUCAUUCUGUCUGUUUCAUUUUUUUCUUCAAAUAUGUUGAAACUAGUAAAUGCUAUGGACACCAA